GUGCACACCCCUCUCCUCCAUGUAGAGCUGUCACCUGUGACCACACCACAAUGGUUCAUGUCCUCCUGAGCAGGUGCACCUCCUGAGUCUUCCCGCCGUCUCUCUCAGUCACAAUCACGGAUCCCGCCACUAUGAUCACCGUGUUCUUUACCGCCCUCCCGGGGCUGCUGCUUCUCCCGCUGCUCAUCAGCUUCAUCUUCCCGUACAUCUUCCAGGACAUCGCCCACUUCAUCACUGUGGUGCGCUACGGCAUCAGGAAUAGGAAGCACGUGAGGAAGACCCCGGCACACACAGUGGUGGACAUCUUCCUGGAGCAGGUGGACAAGUCCCCGGAUAAGCCGCUCAUCAUCUACCAGGAGGAGGUAUACACUUACUCCGAGAUAGACCGGCUCAGCAACCAGGCAGCCCGGGCUCUGCGCAAACAUGCGGGGGUCAAGUCCGGGGACUGUGUGGCCAUCUACAUGAGCAAUUCCCCUGCUUACAUCUGGAUCUGGCUGGGGGUGGCGAAACUCGGCUGUGCACUGUCCUGCCUGAAUAGUAACAUCAGGUCCCAGUCAUUCCUGCAUUGCUUCAGGUCCAGCGGGGCCAAGAUCAUCCUAGCAGAGCCAGAACUCAAGGAUGCCAUAGAUGAAAUCAUGCCAGAGCUCCGGAAUGAAAACGCCAGAGUUUUCUAUGUAACUGAAACACCUGUCAGUGAAGGAACAGAAACAUUCCUCGACAAAGUCAAAGCGGCUUCCUGCGACUCUGUUCCAAAAUCCUUGAGGUCAUUUGUUGGGGGGAAAACACUUGCAAUGUACAUUUACACAUCUGGAACCACAGGACUUCCAAAAGCAGCGAUUAUAAAUCACCAGCGCAUCCUCAUGGCUUGUGGACUGUUUGAACUUUGCCACGUCCGGCCAAGAGACAUUGUGUAUAUCACUCUCCCACUUUACCACAGCUCAGCGUUAUUGAUUGGAGUCCAUGGCUCUAUCCUUAAAGGUGCUACUAUAGUGUUGCGCAAGAAGUUUUCAGCCAGCCAGUUUUGGGAUGAUUGCAGAAAAUACAAUGUGACUGUCAUCCAAUACAUUGGGGAAGUGCUACGAUACCUCUGUAACAUGCCAAAGACAGAUGAUGAUGCCUCGCAUAAUGUCCGGAUGGCUAUUGGUAAUGGUCUGCGGACUGAUGUAUGGAGUGAGUUUCUGAGAAGAUUUGGUGACGUUCAAAUGUAUGAGUUUUAUGCAGCUACUGAAGGAAAUGUUCUCUUCUUGAACUACACCAACACAGUUGGUGCUGUGGGAAGAGUAAAUUCAUUCUACAAGAAAGUAUUACCAUAUGAAUUUAUCAAAUAUGAUAUUGAAAAUGAUGAGGCUGUGAAAGAUGCCAAGGGACGUUGUAUCAAAGCAAAGAAGGGUCAGCCUGGACUUCUUAUCAGCAAGAUCACAAACCUUUCUCCCUUUGGUGGCUAUGCUGGAGAUAAGUCUCAUACAGAAAAGAAGAUCUUGAGGGAUGUGUUCCGGAAAGGAGACAUGUAUUUUAAUACUGGGGAUAUUUUAAUGGUGGAUCAGCAAAAAUUUGUCUAUUUCCAUGACCGAGUGGGAGACACUUUCAGGUGGAAAGGAGAAAACGUUGCUACAACAGAGGUUGCUGAUAUCCUGGGUCUCAUGACUUUCAUUGAAGAAGUGAAUGUGUAUGGGGUCUCCAUUCCAAAUCAUGAAGGCAGAAUAGGAAUGGCCACUCUCAAGCUGAGACAGUAUGAGCAUUUUGAUGGUAGAAAGUUAUUUGCUCAUGUCCGAGACUUUCUCCCAAACUAUGCAAGACCGCGCUUCAUCCGGAUUCAGAAAGAACUAGAGAUCACAGGAACCUUUAAGCAACGCAAAGUGGAGCUGGUAAAACAAGGAUUCGAUCCGGCUAAUAUUCAUGAUCCCCUGUAUUUUCUGGACGAGAGAGAGAAGAAAUAUGUCCCCAUGACCCAGACUAUUUAUGAAGAUAUAAAAAAUAAAAAACUCAAACUGUGAGACUAUGAACAACUGGAAAGCUUUGGUUACUCUGGGUGUUAACACUGUGGUUAGAUAACUUAAUAUGCAAAAAGAGACUGGUAAUGUAAGGAUAUAUUUGUACUUUAAGAGGGUUUCUUAGUAACAACAUUAACUCCAUCAGGACCAUAUUUAGAGCCCCACAGGGGCCAAUUUGUGAGCUGUGACCCUCUGAACUGGUUACAAAAAUAAACAACAUGAGCGGAGUGUGUUGUAAUACAGCUGCAAUACUCAGCACUGCUCAUUUAGAGCAAUAUCUGUAACACAUUACAAAAUAUGAUCCUGCUUGCCCUUUAAAAGAAAGCUAGAGAAACAAAGACAAGAUGACAUUAUGGUCUAAUGUUAUGGAAUAAACGUGUGCAGGAAUGACAUGACUGAUGUCUAUAUGUGUGUUCUAUGCAGGCUGGUUAUUUGCCAUAAUUUCAGGAUAGCGCCCCCUUGACCCCAUCCUGAAAUCAUGAAAUCAAAAUAAAUCAAAAAGUAGGUUUAAAGGGUACCUCUCAUCAAAAAAACGUUUGAUAUAUUAUAGAUUAA